AUGCCGACGAAGAGAAGAGAUCCAGGAGGUUGCAUCAUACCAUGUGAAAUUGGUAACACGAUUUUCACAAAGUGUUUAUUGGACCAAGGUUCAGGGAUCUCACUGAUGACAUUGAAAACUGCUCGUGCCAUUGGUUUGGGGGAAAGAAUGGAGCCUAUCGACAUCACUCUACAAUUGGCUGACCACUCCAUAGUAAAGCCCACUGGAAUUGUUGAGGAUAUCUUGGUUAAAAUCGAUAAGUUCAUCAUUCACGUUGAUUUUAUUGUGCUCGACAUGCCAGAAGAUAGAGAAGUGCCAAUUUUGUUUGGUAGACCAUUUCUAGCAACGGAAGAUGUAUUGCUUGGAGCAAAGGAUAACUCUGUUACAUUCAGAAUUAAUGGUGAGCAACUGACCAUCAAUGUUGAGAAGGCCUAUGUUGGUGGUGAUAGUGGUAAGAAAGCAAGAGAGGUGGUCACACUAGAGAGUCCGAAAGUGUGGAACGAGGAUGAAGAAGGGUGGGAGGGGUACAAGCAAUGCGAGCAAGUCACUAUCGAGGUGUGCGAGGACUUGGAGAAGCAAAAUGAGGCAUUGCUCACCGAGUCGGAGAGGCAAAAUGCAGCGCCUCGCGCUAAGUUAGUGAGGCAAAAUGCGGAGUUGAGCGCGUAUUUUGAGAAAAAGUGA